GCAGCUCGUUAGACGUUAAUGGAGAGUCCACAGCUGUCGUCGGCUUGUAGCUAAAAAACUAGCUCCGUUUGGCGCAGAUAAAACCCAAUGUCAGUUCUAUUUUAAGCUGCGUGUCGCAGUUUGAUAAGAGGAGCCUGAUGUCGGUGGCCAAGGCGAAACACACGGUUCUGAACCCGGUGACCCCUUACACUGGACCCAUACCCGGAGGCCUUCACCCCGGGGAGAUCGUCAUCAUCCAGGGGACUGUGCCCCCAGAUGCUGAUAGGUUCCAGGUGGACCUGUCGAGUGGUUGCAGCACCAAACCUCGCUCCGACGUCGCGUUCCACUUCAGCCCUCGCUUCAUGGACCCCCCCUGUGUGGUGUGUAACUCCCUGCAGCAGGAGAGCUGGGGGAAAGAGGAGACGCUCCACCGGCUGCCCUACAAACGAGGCGCCCCCUUCGAGACCAUCAUCCUGGUGCACAAAGACGGUUUUAAGGUGGCAGUAAAUGGAACCCACCUGCUGGACUUCAAACACAGAAUUCCUCUAGACGGGGUGGACACAUUUUCCAUUUCUGGGAAUGUGAGAGUCCACGCUCUUGGCUACAUCCCAAACUCAGCAAUUUAUUCAGAAUCAGGGGACUUGAGCGUCCCUUACAGAGGCAGUAUACUGAAAGGGCUGAGCCCAGGACAGCACAUCACAAUAAAGGGGCAGGUCAGCAUGUACCCUCACAGUUUUACUGUAAACCUCUGCAAUAGUAAGACACAGAACAUCGCUCUCCACCUGAACCCCCGAAUGAAGUCGGGCGUGUUCUUCAGGAACUCGUACCUGGAUGAAUCUUGGGGUCAAGAGGAGCGGGAGCAACCGUUCUUUCCCUUCUCGUCCGGGGAAUACUUCGAGAUCCUCCUCCUCUGUCAGCCCCAUCAGUUCAAGCUGGCUGUGAACGGAGCCCACUUGUUUGAGUUCAGACAUCGAGUCCAGGACCUGAGCAGCAUCGACCAGCUGGAGAUCAUGGGAGACCUGGAGCUCAUUGAUGUGAAACUGUGGUGACUCGAAGCUCCCAGGAAAACCGUUACCCAAGACAUCGUGCUAAAUUAGCUUCCCCAGAGUGAGCCAGGUGAUGGGUG